CUGCAAAUAAGAGAUUGAAUGAUUCACCGCUUCCUGAUAAGUUUUCAAAACCAAACACAAAAUGAGCGAAAGAGUACCUCUAAUUUCAAAAGAAGAUGACAUUAAUGUGGCAGAAAUGGGGAAAUCUACUGCAAUGAGAAAAAUUAAAAAGACGUCCCUGAAUCUGUCUCGCCUACAUCACAAAUCUGAGGCUCGUGGGAGGACACAGAAAACCACAAAAGACGACACAACAAUAGCAACUACAUCUGGACUUAGGAUUGUGCUGCUGGGAAAAACUGGAUCAGGAAAGAGUUCAACAGGAAACACUAUUUUGGGUCAAAGCUGUUUUAAGCAGGAUGUUUCACCAGUCUCAGUCACUAAAACCUGCGAGAAACAAGAUUUACAGACCGAUGAGAGGAUCAUCUCAGUCAUCGACACUCCAGGCCUGUUUGACACGACAAUGACAAAACAGAAAAUGAAGGAUGAAAUAGUGAAAUGUGUCUUCAUGUGUCUUCCUGGUCCUCAUGUGUUUCUGCUGCUGAUUAAAGUGGGGAGAUUCACAGACGAAGAGAAAAGUGCAGUCAAAUGGAUUCAGGAGAACUUUGGAAAAGACGCUGUACGUCACACAAUCAUUCUGUUCACUCACGCUGAUCAGCUGAAGGGAAAACCAUUAGAUGUGUAUAUCAAAGAAGGGGAUGAUCUCCAGGCUCUUGUUAAUGAGUGUGGUGGGAGAUUUCACUCGUUCAACAAUGAGAACAUGGAGAAUCGCUCUCAGGUCAGUGAACUGCUGGAGAAGAUUGAGAAGUUGGUGGAGAAGAAUGAAGGACAGCAUUAUACAGAUGAGAUGUUCCAGGAAGCCCAGGAAAAGAUACACGAUAGAGCAAAGUUCUGGUUUCAGAAACCUAGGAUUGUGCUACUGGGUAAAACUGGAUCAGGAAAGACCAGUGCAGUAAAGACUAUUAUGGGACAAGAGAGUUCUGAGAGGAGAAAUUUGACAAAUACUGAGACCUGUGAGCAACAAGAAGCACAUGUGGAUGGAAAGAGCAUGACAAUAAUUGACACUCCUGGACUGUCUGAUGUAUCAGAUGAAAAGAUGAAGAAGAAUGAAAUCAAGAAGUUUGUCAUCAUGUCUAACCCUGGUCCUCAUGUGUUUCUGCUGGUGAUCAAACUGGACUCGAGAUUCACAGAGGAAGAGAAAAACUUAAUGGAAUGGAUUCAGGAGAACAUUGGAGAAAAUGUUGCACAUCAUACCAUCAUUCUGUUCACUCACGUGGAUUUGCUGAAGGGUGAAUCAAUAGAAGAGCAUAACAAAGACAGUCCAGAUCUUCAGGGGUUUACUGAGGGUUUUGGUAGCAGAUAUCACUCACUUAACAAUGAAGACAUGGAGAAUCGCUCUCAGGUCACUGAACUGCUGGAGAAGAUUGAGAAGUUGGCAGAGGGAAACGGAUGGAAUUACUACACAAAUGAAAAGUUUCAGAAAAUCAUAAACAGAGAUGUAUAUUUAGAGAACGUUAAAGAAACACUACAUAAAGUUGCAUUAGGAGUUGGACCAGUAGGAGCAGCAGCCUUGGUGACCGGAGGCGUGGUUCUGGGCGUAACCGAGCUGGUUUUAGCACCAGCUCUGCUGCUUGCAGGAGGCAGCCUGUUUUUAGUUGGAGCAGCCGGACUGUUUGUUGGGAAAAAACUGAUUAAAAGAGCUAAAUGAGUAGGAUGAUUCUGAUUUGGUCCCAGCCGACAAAAGAAUGUUAUAAAAAACGUUUUGCUACUGUUUCUAAUAUGUUAUAUAUAUAUAAAAAAUGUUAUCUCUAAGUUUUUUCUGAAUAUUUCAAGUGUCCAGUUUUUUAUUUUAUUUCAUGUUUUAAAACUUCUUCGGGGUUAUGUAAACAUUAAGGGAACAUUCCAUUUUGCUUAAACUAUGGGAUUGUUAUUUUGGAAUGUUCUCUUCCAAAUAAGUGACAUUUAAGCAAAAAGCGCUCCAUGAACAAUGUAUAAUUAUUAUAAUUAUUAUUUUUAUUUUAUUUUUUCAUGGUAAUGUUUUGAGAAAGACCAUUUCAUUUUUAUUUUAUUUUUUUAUGUUUCUGGAUGAAUCUUUGUUCAUAACUCUGAGAGACACUUGCCAAAAUGUUCUGGGAAUUUUUCCAGAUAGCUGGUGUAAUAUAUAGUUGACAAACAGUCAUGUCAUGAAAAUAAUUCAUUUUAAUAAGUGGCCUCAUGUGUCCUUUAUAUAUACUAAAAUGUAUGCAUUUAGCAGAGACUUUAAUCCGAAAUGACUUGCACUGCAUUCAAAGUACAGUACAUUUUGUCAGUUCUUGUAUUCCCUGUAUGGAAAUCAGAAAGAUUGUCUUAACACAACGCAAUGCUGCUUAAACAAUUGGAAGUUUUACACCAACAUUGUAAUUUAAUCUAAGGGCUUUUCUACUUAAAAUCUGUCCAGCAUUUUCCAGAUUCACAUCAUCACUCAUUUUAUACCCUGACCUACUGAACGUCUCAGGUUACGAAUGAAACCAUGGUUCCUUGAGGAGGGAACGAGACACUGCGUCCUCUAGGGCUCGCUAUGGGGAACACCUCGUCGUGA